AUGGCGCCCCUCGUGGAUAACAACCAGAUCAAGCUGGCCGAGCUGUGGAAGCCUCUGCCCACGCACUUCCAUGCCUACGUCUGGCCCUUUGCCAUCGUUUGGCCCAUCUUCCUGCGUUACUACCUGACCCCCGAACUGUACGAGAAGCACAUCGCAUCCGAGGAAUGGACCUUUGUGUGGAUCGGCACCAUCAUCACUUUCCAGUCUCUCUUCUGGCUAAGCACUCACUGGAGCGUCAACCUCCAGGCUCUCUUCACUGCCACUCGCGCCAAGUCAAUUGACGAUGCCGAGCUGAUCAAGAUCGUUCCCGUCGCCAAUGCCGGUUCCUCCGAGAUUUGCAAGUUGGUUCGCGACAAGGUCGGCGGCAAGGUCAACACCUCCUUCCUGUUCCAGAAGCGACGCUUCAUCUACGUCCCUGAGGAAAAGACCUUCCGAACCCUCACCUACGACAUCGAUCUCGAGCCGAAGCCCAAGAUUGGACGCUACCAGCAGUCCAAGGGUAUCACAACCCAGGAUGAGCUGACGAGAAUCGAGGAGCACUAUGGCCCCAACGCUUUUGAUAUCCCCGUCCCUACCUUCACCGAGCUCUUCAAGGAGCACGCCGUUGCUCCCUUCUUCGUUUUCCAGAUCUUCUGUGUCGGUCUGUGGAUGCUCGACGAGUACUGGUACUACUCCCUCUUCACCCUGUUCAUGCUCGUCGCCUUCGAGAGCACCGUCGUCUGGCAGCGCCAGCGCACGCUCAACGAGUUCCGCGGAAUGAGCAUCAAACCGUAUGACGUAUACGUCUACCGCCUGGGCAAGUGGACCGAGAUUCAGAGCGAUAAGCUUUUGCCUGGUGACCUCGUCUCCGUUGGUCGCACCAAGGAGGACAGCGGUGUUGCUUGCGACAUGCUGCUCGUUGAGGGAACCGCCAUCGUCAACGAGGCCAUGCUUUCCGGUGAGAGCACUCCUCUUCUCAAGGACUCCAUUCAGCUUCGUCCCGCCGAUGCUACCAUUGAGCCCGAGGGCCUGGACAAGAACGCCUUCCUCUGGGGCGGAACCAAGGUUCUGCAGAUCACUCACGGCAACCCCGAUGAAGAGAAGCCCAAACUCGCCUCUGGUGUCCCCCCGCCUCCCGACAACGGUGCCAUGGCCAUUGUUCAGAAGACUGGUUUUGAGACUUCCCAAGGCAGCCUUGUCCGCACCAUGAUCUACUCCACUGAGCGUGUAUCCGCCAACAACGUCGAGGCCCUGCUCUUCAUCCUCUUCCUCCUUAUUUUCGCGAUCGCCGCUUCGUGGUACGUCUGGGACGAGGGUGUCAAGAAGGACCGAAAGCGUUCCAAGCUUCUGCUCGACUGUGUCUUGAUCAUCACCAGUGUCGUCCCCCCUGAGUUGCCUAUGGAGCUCAGUCUCGCGGUCAACACCAGUUUGGCGGCUCUUGCUAAAUACGCCAUCUUCUGCACUGAGCCUUUCCGUAUUCCCUUUGCCGGUCGCGUCGAUGUGGCCUGCUUCGACAAGACCGGAACCCUCACCGGCGAGGAUUUGGUCGUUGAGGGUAUUGCUGGUCUUGGACUUGGCCACUCCGGCACCGACACUCCUCGCGAGUCUGACGGCGCCCACUCUCACAUGACUCCUGUUAGCGAAAUCGGCUUGGACACUACCUUGGUUCUCGCUACCGCCCAUGCUCUCGUCAAGCUUGACGAGGGUGAAGUUGUUGGUGACCCCAUGGAGAAGGCUACCGUGACCUCUCUUGGCUGGACUGUUGGUCGCAACGAUACCCUUGCCAGCAAGCCCACCACUGCCGCCCUCACUGGUGUCAGUGGAACUGUUCAAAUCAAGCGUCGCUUCCAGUUCUCUUCCGCCCUCAAGAGACAGAGCUCAGUUGCUACUGUUAACGGUGCGGACAAGCUUGGUAACCGCAUCCGCGGUACUUUCGUUGCUGUCAAGGGUGCUCCCGAGACCAUCCAGAAGAGACUCUCCACUGUUCCUGCCGACUAUGAAGAGACGUUCAAGUACUUCACUCGCCGUGGCUCUCGUGUCCUUGCGCUCGCUUACAAGCAGCUCACCGUUGACAACGAACUCGGCGCCAGCAAGAUCAACGACCUGAAGCGUGAGAACGUCGAGUCUGGUCUUACCUUUGCCGGAUUCCUUGUUCUGUCUUGCCCCCUCAAGGACGACGCCAAGCAGGCUGUGCAGAUGCUCAACGAGAGCAGCCACCGUGUUGUAAUGAUUACCGGAGACAACCCUCUCACCGCCGUCUACGUUGCGAGAGAUGUCGAAAUUGUUGAUCGUGAGGUUUUGAUUCUGGACGCUCCCGAGGACAACGAGGGCGGUGACAAGCUCAUCUGGCACAGCGUUGAUGAGAAGAUCAGCAUUCCCGUCGAUCCUUCCAAGCCUAUUGACAGCAAGAUUCUCGAGUCUUAUGAUCUCUGUGUCACCGGUUACGCCCUCGCCAAGUUCAAGGACCAGGUCGGCUGGAACUCCCUGCUCCGCCAUACCUGGGUCUACGCUCGUGUUUCUCCCAAGCAGAAGGAAGACAUUCUCGUCGGUCUACGCGACAUGGGAUACUACACUCUCAUGGCCGGUGACGGAACCAACGACGUCGGCGCUCUCAAGCAAGCUCACAUUGGUAUCGCUCUUCUCAACGGCACUCAGGAGGAUCUCACCCGUAUUGCCGAGCACUCUCGCAACACAAAGAUGAAGGAGAUUUACCAGAAGCAGGUUGACCUCAUGAAGCGCUUUAACCAGCCCGCCCCUCCUGUCCCUGUCAUGAUUGCCCAACUGUACCCUCCCGGACCCAGCAACCCUCACUUUACCAAGGCCGUCGAGCGUGAAGCCCAGAGGAAGAACAUUACUCCUGAGGAAUGGUUGAAGGCCAACGGCGUUUCUGCUAUCGAGACCGUCACGUCCCCCGGUGCCCAGCAACUUCUCAACAACCAGGACCCCAGAGCCGCUCGUCAGGCCCAGGCCCAGGCGAAGGCCGCCAGCUUUGCGGACAAGAUGACCACUAGCAUGAUGGAGAACGAGAUGGGCGGAGACGAUGAGCCUCCCACCCUCAAGCUGGGUGAUGCCUCCGUCGCCGCGCCCUUCACCAGCAAGCUCCGCAACGUCAUUGCCGUCCCCAACAUCAUCCGCCAGGGUCGUUGCACACUUGUUGCGACCAUCCAGACGUACAAGAUUCUCGCUCUUAACUGCCUUAUUAGCGCCUACAGUCUCAGUGUUCUGUACCUCGAGGGUAUCAAGUUCGGCGACGGCCAGUACACCAUUAGCGGUAUUCUCAUGAGUGUCUGCUUCCUGUCCAUCUCUCGCGCCCGUGUUGUCGAGGGCUUGUCCAAGGAGCGCCCCCAGCCCAACAUUUUCAACUUCUACAUCAUUGGUUCGAUCCUGGGACAAUUCGCUGUCCAUGUUACCACUCUGAUCUACAUCGCCCGUUUCUGCGACAAGCUUGAGCCUCGCUCUGGUGACGUUGACCUUGAGGCCGAGUUCUCUCCUAGUCUGCUGAACAGUGCCGUAUACCUCCUCCAGCUCAUCCAGCAGAUCAGUACCUUUGCCAUCAACUACCAGGGACGUCCGUUCCGUGAGUCUCUUCGCGAGAACAAGGGCAUGUUCUACGGUAUCGUUGGUGUCUCGGCCUUGGCGUUCUCCUGCUCGAUGGAAUUCAUCCCCGAGAUCAACGAGCAGAUGAAGCUUGUGCCCUUCACUGAGGAGUUCAAGACUACCAUGACGGCCGUCAUGGUCAUUGACUACGGCGCCUGCUGGAUCAUCGAGGUCGUCCUCAAGCACCUCUUUUCCGACUACCGCCCUCGUGAUAUUGCUGCUCGCCGACCGGAGCAGCUCGAGCGCGAGAGAAUCCGUAAGGAGGCUGAGCAGAAGAAGAAGGACGAGGAGGAGGACCAGAAGCGCCUUGAGAAGGUUGCCGAGUUUGAGCGCAAGGUUGAGGAGCGCCGUCAGAAGCUCGAGGCGUGGAGAACGGGCCGGCAGCAGUAG